CCUGCGGCGCGUUGCGACAUGGAGGGCGCGAUGGCAGUGCGGGUGCCGGCCGCGCAUACGGCAGAGGCUCGGGCCGGGGCCGGGCGGGACGCGGGUGAGGGCGGGGUCGCGGCGGCGGCCGCCUUGGCGCCCGGCGGCUUCCUGGGCCUUCCGGCCCCCUUCGGCGAGGAAGAUGAGGACGACGUGCACCGCUGUGGCCGCUGCCAGGCCGAGUUCACGGCAUUGGAGGAGUUUGUGCAGCACAAGCUUCAGAAGGGCUGUCAGCGGGCCCCCCAGGAGGCCCUGCCGGCUGGCCAGGAGGUGCCGGCAGCGGCAGGGCCAGACGCGCCCAUCACCGUGGCCCACAUUGUGGUGGAGGCUCCUGACAUCGUGGGUGGCGGGCACAUCCGAGAGGUCAUUGUGGGGGCCGAGGCGGAGCCGGGGGAUGGCGAGCUGGUGGAGGCCGCAGGCAGCUCUGGCCAGCAGAGCCCAGGGCUCGCUCGGAGCUGCGAGCCUGCGCCCGUGCGGUUGCUGGUGAACGAGGAUGGCCGCUACGUUUGCACGCUCUGCCACAAGACCUUCAAGACGGGCAGCAUCCUCAAGGCGCACAUGACCACCCACAGCAGCCGUAAGGACCACGAGUGCAAGCUAUGCGGGGCCUGCUUCCGCACCAAGGGCUCCCUCAUCCGCCACCACCGGCGGCACACAGAUGAGCGCCCCUAUAAGUGUGCCAAGUGCGGGAAGAGCUUCCGGGAGUCUGGCGCGCUGACGCGGCACCUCAAGUCCCUCACGCCCUGCACAGAGAAGAUCCGCUUUGGCCUGACCAAGGACGGGGUCGGUGGGAAAGAGGAGGCACCUGCAGGGCCCGGCACCUCCCCCAUGGGGACUGUUCCAGCAUCAUCCGUGACUGGCGAGUCCAUGGACACAUCACCCGUGAUUCACCUGGUGACGGAUGCCAAGGGCACGGUCAUCCACGAAGUCCACGUCCAGAUGCAGGAGCUGCCCCUGGGCAUGAAAGGCCUCAGUCCGGAGCCCCCAGGCGCUGAGGAGCUUGGCUGUGCCAGCGAGGGUGGCCGUGAGAACCUGCUGCGUCAGGCCAUGCAGAACUCGGGCAUCGUCCUUGAGCGGGGUGCCUCAGAGCCCCUGCCCCCAGCAGGAUCCCACCCGCAGCCGCUGGGCACCCCAGAACUGCCGCUGCUGGGCGUGGAGCAGGUGGAUACGCAGGUGGCCAGCGAAGCCUCAACGGUGCCCAGGACCCACCCGUGCCCGCAGUGCAGCGAGACCUUCCCAUCGGCAGCCACCCUGGAAGCCCACAAGAGGGGCCACGCAGGGGCGAGGCAGUUCCCCUGCGCGCAGUGCGGCAAGGCCUUCCCCAAGGCCUACCUGCUCAAGAAACACCAGGAGGUGCACGUGCGCGAGCGCCGCUUCCGCUGCGGGGAUUGCGGGAAGCUCUACAAGACCAUCGCGCACGUCCGCGGCCACCGGCGCGUGCACUCGGACGAGCGGCCGUACCCCUGCCCCGAGUGCGGCAAGCGCUACAAGACCAAGAACGCGCAGCAGGUGCACUUCCGCACGCACCUGGAGGAGAAGCCGCACGUGUGCCCGUUCUGCAGCCGUGGCUUCCGGGAGAAAGGCUCGCUGGUGCGCCACGUGCGCCACCACACUGGCGAGAAGCCCUUCAAGUGCUACAAGUGCGGCCGCGGCUUUGCCGAGCACGGCACACUGAACCGGCACCUGCGCACCAAAGGGGGCUGCCUGCUGGAGGUGGAGGAGCUGCUGGUGGCCGAGGAGGGCCCCGCUGCUGCCGUGCUGUCCGAGGACCCGCACACCGUGCUGGUAGAGUUCUCCUCCGUGGUGGCUGACACGCAGGAGUACAUCAUUGAGGCCGCUUCGGACGACGUGGAGACCAGUGAGGCGGCAGAGCUCAUUGAGGGCGCCGCGCCGGAGGUGGACAGCCACAUCAUGAAGGUGGUGAGGCAGCUCGUGCACCAGGCAGGUGCCGGCCACCAGAUCAUCGUGCAGAAUGUGACCAUGGACCAGGAGGCGGGGCUGGGCCCGGAGGCGGGCGCUGCAGACACCAUCACCAUCGCCACUCCCGAGAGCCUUACGGAGCAGGUCGCCAUGACCCUGGCCUCAGCCAUCAGCGAGGGUACCGUGCUCACAGCCCGAGCCGGCUCGAAUGGUGCCGAGCAGGCCACCGUGACCAUGGUGUCCUCGGAGGACAUUGAGAUUCUGGAACACGCAGGCGAGCUGGUCAUCGCCUCCCCUGAGGGCCAGCUCGAGGUGCAGACGGUCAUUGUCUAGAGGACACGAGGAGGUGGUGGCGGGGCUGGUGGGAGCGGGGCAGGACCCCAAGUGUCUGGCCUACGCCCGCCGGACCUGGCCCAGAGGACAUGGCCAGAGAUUUGGGGCCUUGGUGGGACAUGGGGAGGGUGAGGAUACAGCGGGCAGGCCCUGGGCCCCUCCCUGGCAUCGCCGACUUGACCACAGAAACGGGUUGGGUGCUUCACAAUAAAACAUGAAAACCCG